AUGUCCCUCCUUUCCCGUGGAAGCCGCACCAUCGCCCGAAGGUUUACCUCGGCAGCCUCCCGCCGUGGCUAUACCACCCAUUCUCAAUUGCCGGAAGAACAUCGAAUGCUCUAUGAGAUGUGCCGUCGAUUUGCCGAUGAAGAAAUUGCUCCCAAUGCUGGAAAAUGGGACCAAAAGCAUGAAUUUCCUGACAAGGUGAAAGAUUUGGCUGAAUUGGGUUUGAUGGGUAUCUGUACCCCUGAUGAGUACGGAGGAAGUGGUUUGGAUGCCAUGAGCUAUGCCAUUGCAAUGGAAGAAAUUAGUCGCGGCUGUGCCAGCAUGGGAGUUAUCAUGAGUGCCCACAAUUCGCUCUAUUUGUAUCCUGUUCAAACCUUUGGAAAUCACGAACAAAAGGAACAGUGGGCUGCCCCCUACGCUACCUGUGCCAGUGAUGAUGGAUCCUUGAAAAUUGGUUGCUUUGGACUCUCAGAGCCAGGAAAUGGAAGUGAUGCAGGAGCAGCCAGUACCACUGCUACCUUGGAUGGAGAUGAAUGGAUCAUCAAUGGAACCAAAGCAUGGAUUACCAACGCAUAUGAAUCUGGUGCUGCAGUUGUUUUUGCUACCACGGACAAAUCCAAAAAGCACAAGGGAAUUUCUGCUUUCAUUGUUCCCCUGGAUUCGGAGGGUUUCUCAUUGGGUGCCAAGGAGGACAAGCUGGGAAUCCGGGCCAGCAGCACUGCCAACCUGAUUUUUGACAAUGUACGAAUCCCCAAGGAGAACCUUCUUGGAAAGGAGGGAGAAGGUUUCAAAAUUGCCAUGCAGACUUUGGAUGGAGGACGCAUUGGUGUGGCUGGGCAGGCCCUUGGAAUUGCAAGUGCCAGUAUUGACUGUGCCGUCAACUACGCUUUGGAACGACAAGCCUUUGGAAAGCCAAUCUCCUCUCUCCAAUCCAUCCAAAAUAAAAUCUCCCAGAUGGUGAAUGCACGUGAUGCUGCUCGAUUGUUGACAUGGAGAGCAGCGCAGCUGAAGGAUGCCGGCCAGAAAUUCACUCGAGAGGCGGCUCAAGCCAAAUUGAUUGCCUCGGAAGCAGCUACAAUGUGCAGUCACCAAGCCAUUCAAAUCUUGGGUGGUAUGGGCUAUGUGACCGAGAUGCCCGCAGAACGUUACUACAGAGAUGCUAGGAUUACUGAGAUCUACGAAGGUACUUCUGAAAUUCAGCAUCUGGUCAUUGCUGGAGAUGUCAUCAAGGAGUACAAGGGAUAG